CGUGUCGAUCUUGCUAGCAGAAUCCGGUAUUACAUGUGGUCAUUUGGAAAGCAGAGAAGCCUCUUUUUUUCCCCUUCCCUUGCUUCACUGCAAGGGGGUGGCCCUUGGAAACACCUUAUUUUAACAUACGGGCUAUAAAUACUGCUCGGAGAUAGGGACGGACUGAAAGACUGCGGUAGGCAUCAGGACGCCCGUGGAGCCGGCUAGCCGCCAUAGCCACUCCUUGCAGCAGAGGCUUUCUUACGCUGAGCCUGCACUGUACCUAACAUUUGAGAAAGAAAGUUGGAGAAAUACCACUAUAUCCUUGGGAACAUAUUGUAGAGAAAAGGAAAACAGUGGUGGUCUUCCUUUUUGGAAAACAAACUUAACUCUUGGCAGCAAUUUUUCUCACUGAUUCCAUCUUAACCAGCUAGACCUUCCUUAAGAUUACUUCUCUCCUGUUUCCAUCACAGUCGGAGAAUUUGCUUGCUCACAGUGCACCUUACCCAGCAAUCAAGAUGAUGCAGAUCUGUGACUCUUACAGCCAAAAACAUUCCCUCUUCAAUGCAAUGAACCGCUUUAUUGGAGCUGUUAACAACAUGGACCAAACGGUGAUGGUGCCCAGUCUUCUUCGGGAUGUGCCUCUCUUGCUGGAAGAACUGGAUUCAGGGGGUGGUUGUGGAGAAAGGGAGGCCCAGUUGACUCCCAAUGGCAGUACCUAUUGUUCUUGCAGAGAUAUGUAUAGUCACUAUAUGUUGCUCAAGUCCAUUCGCAAUGACAUUGAAUGGGGUGUAUUGCAGCAGGCAAAUGAGGACACCACUGGAAGGAAGAAGGAUAAGCUGAAUGGGAGCUCUGGUGCCAUGGACAUAAGCCGAGGGGUCCCUGAAGAUGAGGAGGCGGAGGAGGAUUUAGAGAAGCAAUUUCAUUAUCACUUGAGUGGGCUUCACACUGUGCUCUCUAAACUUACCCGCAAGGCCAAUGUACUUACCAACCGCUACAAGCAGGAGAUUGGAGUCAACAACUGGGGGCACUGAAUCAGGGAGGGGGAAAGCAUGGCCUGCCUGCCUGCCUGCCUGCCUGCCUGUUUGGGUGAGAAGUAAAAAAACAAAACAAAACAAAAAACAGAAAAAGGGGAAAUAGGCAUUUGGAAAGGGCUAAAGAAGAAUGCAAACAAGAAUGAUUGUGUGUGUGUGUGUGUGUGUGUGUGAGAGAGAGAGAGAGAGAGAGAGAGUGUAUGGGAGAUUUAAAAUUGUAAAGAAGGAGUAUAUCAAGGUCAGUAGUAAGUGUAGGAUGCAGUAUAAAAUUUUGUGUCUUGAAGAGAAGAAUGCAAAGAUAAGAAAAUGAAAGGGGCUUUUUAUUUUAGAAUUUUACUGUUGACUACUAUAACUUUUGGGAGGCAGGGUGAUAAAUUUCUGCCUGAACUAGCAGGCAUAACUAGGCAGCCAAGUAUAAAGUUUCCAGAUUUUGAAGACUCAGAAUGAUGUAUAAUGGCCCUGGCCAGUUACUGAAAGAGUUUGUUAUAAUUCCUGGGAAACUGCACAAGUGCAUGUGGUGGUGGCAAUUGUAGAAAAGAUUGUAUCACUUCUUUCCUGAUUUUGCACUAAUUUUGUAACAUAAAUAUAUAUGUGUGUGUGUGGAUGUAUGUAAGAACCUAUCAAUUCUCUGCAUGCUGUCAGAAUUAUAGACAUCUUAUUUUUUACCAACGCACAAAAAUGUAUAUUAACACUAGUUAAAUAUGUUUUUUAAAUAUACAAGGUGAACAGUUAUUGUUCAUCUUUAGAUACAACACUUAUCUUUCCUUACUGCAUAGAACUGGUUGAGAUGAAACUGCAAGUAUGCUACUUAAAAUAUUUUUGCAGUGGAUACAACCAGUUAGCUAAUGUCCACUCAUAUUUCAGUGGAGAGUAAAACCAAUUACUUAAUGUGCACUCAUAUUUCACUGGAAAGAUAGGGUCCCAUUAUUGUACAUGUAUUGAAGAUUAUUUAAACUUUUUUAUUCAGAUGUGGAAUAUAUUCUAAAAUAAGAUAUAUUGACUAAAGUUGAUGUAUGUUUGUAUACUAUGGCUCCACUUGAAUUAAAUGCUAAUGUUUACAAUACAGCAACUCUAAAUAUUCUUUACAAGAGAAAUUACUCUUUAAAUUGUUUUAAUCAAUUUAUUCAAAUGGAUUGUAGGAGCAGUGUUCUCUGUUCACAACUCUUAUUCCAUGGAGCAGAUGAUCUUUGCAUUAUAUUCCAAAUUGUGUUGUUUAAUUUAUGUAUAUGCUGACUUUCUUUGAUUAAAUUCAAAGAAAUGCAAAUAGGGCUUCUCAGGGCAUUACAUUUUCAGACCUUUCG